GAUUGAUGACGAGGAUUCCCAAAUCUGCGGCUUAGCAUUUCACACCUCAUCUUGACCCAUGGAGAAGCUGGAUCUCGGUGCAUCUUGAUCGUGUAUAGCUCGGACAAGCUCUGCCAUCCGACAUACUUCCCAUACAUUUUGUCGCAGACUGGUUCCGCCAUUUCGAUAUCGACGGUUGCGAAUAAUGACGACGCCAUACUGGGGGCAGCUUCCUCCGCCAAAGGUAGCUCGAGGAAACUCACUACGGCGUGAAGAAGGUUACACCACGAAGGGAAACAACGACCUAAUGAUAGAUACGAAAAUGACAGGCGAUCGUUUGUCGAGUCAAUCCGCUGCGCCAGCAUCUUCGAGGCAGAAUCGAUUUUCCACACAAACCGACAAGACUGAAGCUACUUAUUCCACGAACAGUCCGUUUGUCUCGCCCAUAGCUUCCGAAUUUCGUGGUGAAGGGUUGGCUCCUCGGCCACCGUCUUUUCAAGCCGGCGCAUCUGCUCCAGUAUACAAUAAAGAGGCUAUAGACAGAAGAAGGCGGCGGGAAAGUCGAAAUAGAGAGGAAGUUCCUCCACAGGAUCUGGAGUUUAUACCACCGGCCGCGCCCGAUGCACCUCGAGUCCCUCCACCAUCUAGCUAUAAAGAACCUUACACCAACAGCGCUUCCUCGUCGAGUUAUCAAGCUCCUACCAGGUCACGCUCGAGCAGAAGAACCGAAGGACCAGUGAGUUCUGGUAAAGCGCCUGCGGAGGAAUACCACCGACAAGGGUCAAGAGACGAACCUGUUGCUGAAGUCGGUCGCGCCAGAAGGACUGAACCUGCAAAUGGUAAAGCCAGAGUGAGGCAGAGUAUUGACCACACGGCCGGACAAUCGCAAUCUAGAAAGGGAUCUCUUGCGGAUGCAGAAGUUUCAAGGCGCAGAGAGUGGGCAUCAGAUCGAUCUCCUCUACAGAGACUAGAGUUGACUUUGGAUAGCAUUACCAAAGAGGAAAAGCGAGCUCGGGUUGAGGAGGCCGAACAAUUUGCCCGGGAAGCAAAAGCGGGCCGAGUUGAUGAGAAACCCACGCAGAACUCGGUACGGUUUAGAAACAGGCCUGUAGCCAAAGCUUCUGAAAGCACAUCUCACUCGCAACCUCAAAGUCUUCCAGAAUCGAGUCUGGACAGAAACCAGAGCACCAAGCAGAAAGAGCGCUCACCACGAAGCGGUACCGAUGAAAGAACCCGGCCGUCAGGCUCAGACGUUUCUCCUUCUAAUAAGAAUCAAGCAAGACAAGAGAGCACCGAUGUACCUAGGAAAAUAGAAACAGCAACAACUCCAAAACGUGGGGCAAGCUUUCGGGAAAGAUCUUAUAUUCCUGUCGCCACAGCAGGGGUUGGGGCAGCAGCAGUAGCGGCAUCCGGACUGAGUCGAAGCGGAAGCAACAAGCUGAAAAAGGACCCUCCCGGCGACCCAUGGUUGCACAAGCGUGUAGAAGCGGAAAAGAAAUAUCCUGAGGUUAUUGUACCUCGAAAGACUUCUGUAAGCAAAACCCAGGAAACUACUGCUAGUGCUACUAGGCCUUCCAAAGAGACUGCAUUCAGGAGCCAUCCACAGACUAUCAAGGAGAAAGAGCUUCCAACACUGCCGGGAGACUCUGGUCAAGACGAAGAUAUUUAUAACGACGACGAGGUUGACGCAAAACCUGUCCGACGGGGAACUUUGAGCAAGAUAGAACAAUUGACAGGCCAUAAAGCUCCCAUUCCAGCCGCAUCAAUGCCGAAAAACGACAAGGGCAUUCGGACAGAACGUGUCAAGGUCAAUGGCGUUCAUUUCAAUGUGUCGCCCACUAUCUCUGAUGGCCCAACUGAUGAUGUUCCUCGCCAAAAUGCUAAACCUCACCCUCAUCUAUCAAACAUCCUACAUCACAAGCAAGGGCAUCCAACCGAGACAGGUGUCUAUACUGCGCCUCGGCGCUUAGAUGAAUGGAAGAAAGGUGGUGUGGCGCUUUUGUCUGGAGCUGCACUUGACCUAGAAGUCAAUGAGAAGACUGAAGCUGAAAAGGACAAAGCAUGGUGGGAGGCGGGCAAUACCACUCGGAGGCGAAGCUCGGUCAAACAGAGAAAAGCAGAGGCAUACGAUGGGGAGUACGAUGAUAGUAGCGGUAUGCAUCCUGACAUCUCCCUUACAAAAAAUUGUGAAGGCUGCGCCUCUGAGCGACAGUAUCGCCAGAAUGCGGUCAAUCUACGGUCUCGUCACCUUGCUGGUUACGAUCGAAAGACGAAGAGCAAAUAUGUGUCAGAGCAUGGAGUCGCUCAAGCUGGUCAACCCUCUUCUGAGAUGGAAUCACUUGAGUCGCCAUCAUCCACUGCUGCUCUAUCGCUUCCGAACCAAAAGACGAUCCCUAAAAUACCCCCUGUACCAAUACUCAAGCCUCAUUUACUGACUUGUCCGAUGCGGGCUAUCCGCGUUCGGCCUGAUAUAGCACCAACAAGAUUCAAACCACCAUUGUUCCUCAAAAGUGGACCUAUGUUGCGAUAUUGUGGCCUGCGACGAGAAAAGACGAAGACCCGCUCUCCACGAAACGCUGUACUCCCAGACCGAGAAAUAUGGAGGGGAAGUAUAAUGAUCGUGACCAAUGAUUCCCAAUCUUCAUAUGAAUUGGCGCCUACUUUACGAUUGUUCUUGCAACCAAUCGAGCUUCUUCCUCCGCCGCAAUUCGACGGCGAAGAAUUAGCUCCAGAGUAUGUUGACCCACUUGCAGGCCUACCGAGAAUGGGAAGAGAUGGGCGAACACUGUAUAUUCGUCCAGUUGACGAUCUCGAGGAAGAAAAGGAUUUGUCAAGAGAGGAGUCUGACGCGGGCCUAUACGAAAUGCAGAGGACUCUUGUGGAUGGUGCUGCAGACCGGAACCCUGCAACCAGAAGAACCCAGUAUGAUGGCGAGAAAGCUGGGAAGUACAAGGAAGUCCGUGGUUUCCGACUCCACGCUGAACAUGGCGUCACGUUUUGGCGAUUCAAUCUGGAGAUUGAACUUCGAGAAAAACAACAACGAAUCGCCUACCGCAUUAAUCGUGGUCCCGCGACUGGUUUCUGGGUUCCCGCACGUGGUGAAGCUAUGAACAUCAUGUUCCACAGCUGCAAUGGAUUCAGUCACGAUAUUAACCCAAAUCAGUUCUGUGGUCCAGAUCCAAUGUGGAGAGACGUCCUGAAUACUCAUCAAACUCAGCCGUUCCAUGUCAUGCUAGGAGGGGGCGAUCAGAUCUACAACGACAGGGUCAUGGAAGAGACAGUCCAUUUCAAGGAAUGGAUGGACAUCAAAAAUCCGCUUCACAAAGAGAGACUUCCUUUCACCAACGAACUUCAGCAAGAAUUGGAAGAAUUCUACUUAAAUCGAUACUGCAUGUGGUUCUCGCAAGGACUUUUUGGCCUCGCUGUGUCUCAAAUCCCUAUGAUCAACAUCUUUGAUGAUCACGACAUCAUUGAUGGAUUUGGAUCAUAUCCGGAUGACUAUAUGAGUUCGCCUGUGUUCUCCGGCCUGGGAAUGGUGGCUUUCAAAUAUUACAUGCUGUUCCAACACCAGAGUAGUAUUGACGAAGGAGAAGAGAAUGAACCGACCUGGAUUCUGGGUACACAGCCUGGUCCUUAUAUCCAAGAGCUUAGUCGAAGUGUUUUCACACACUUGGGUAGAAGUGUUGCCUUCCUCGGUUUGGAUUGUAGAACUGAAAGGAUGUACGACGAGGUAGUAAGCCGGGAGACGUAUGACAAAGUCUUUGAUCGACUUGAUAGAGAAAUCAUCAAGGGCGAGACGAAACAUUUGAUCGUUCUUGUCGGCAUUCCGGUGGCUUAUCCAAGGAUGGUCUGGCUGGAGAAUAUCCUUACGUCAAGAGUUAUGGAACCAGUCAAAGCUCUGGGAAGAGCAGGACUUUUGGGUAAAAAGCUUCUUAACCAUAUGGAUGGGGGCGUUGAGAUUCUUGAUGACCUCGAUGAUCAUUGGACCGCAAGACAUCACAAGAAGGAGCGAAAUCGGUUCAUUCAGGAGCUGCAAGACAUAGCUGCUGAAAAGUCUGUUCGAGUCACUAUUCUUGGUGGUGAUGUUCAUCUUGCGGCUAUCGGCCAAUUCUACUCCAACCCGAAGCUUGGCAUUGCGAAAGAUCGUGACUUCAGAUACAUGCCAAACAUUGUAUCUUCAGCUAUUGUUAACGCUCCGCCGCCAGACACUCUUGCCGACUUACUCAAUAAACGAAACAAAGUCCAUCACCUUGAUGCAGAUACUGAUGAGGACAUGAUACCCAUCUUCAUCCAAGAUGUGAAUGGCAAACCAAGAAACAACAAACGACUUCUCAAUCGCAGAAAUUGGUGCUCAAUACGGAUGUACGAUCCAGAGCUUUCACCGCCUCCCACGCCACAAACAGAUGGCUCACCUUCACCUCCUCCAAGAGGAGGUUUGCUUCGUCGUUUGUCGAAUUCCCGUGGACCAAGCUAUCGACCCGAUGCUGCGAUACCGUCUCAAGGCACAGGUUUUUGGGGUAUGCGUCGAGGUUCCGAUGCGCCACCUGUAUCCAACGCUGGAUUUUUCGCCCGACGAGGAUCAACAGAUGCACCGCCUCUCUCAAACCCUGGUUUCUUCUCUCGACGUGGAUCAACAACGCGACGGGGCUCUGUAGACUCACAGCGGCCUGGUGUCCUCACAAGAACAUUGUCCUUGACCCGCAAAGACUUCAUGCCCAAAGGUCUAUUUAGGAGAAGCAGCAAGCGCAGAUCGGAUAGUGGAGGCAUCAAUGGUUAUGGAGACAGCGAGGAUGACAUGUCUUUCGAUGAUGCACCACCCAGACCUGGACUUCGAGGCGGAAGCGGGGGCCCAGAGGACGACGGUGGCUACUUCCCAUCUCUCCCUCCGCCGAAUGGUCGUUCGCGAGAAGUCCCCUCAGAUCAAAUACCCACAUCCAUCGCCGGUGCGCCAGCAUCAAAAGGUCUCCAGCGAAAUGCAUUCAAGCGUACACCAACCGGUUUAUCCGAAAAGAAGCUAAAGAGAGGCGGUGAUUUCGAAAUCAACGUCGAAAACAGUCUUGACAUCUGUUUAAACGUUGAAAUCAACCCCAAAGAACCAACUGGAGCCACGGCACCUUAUCGAAUACUGGUUCCGGCUUUAUGGUACGAAGAUAAUUUUGACGAGCAGCAGGAGGUGGUUAGAGAGAGGCGACCAAGUGCAAUUCAGAGGUUCACGAGCUUUACGAAAGGGAAGGGAAAGGGGAAAGAGAUGGUCAUGGGAGGGGGUGAUGGGGCGAAUUAUUCGUAUAGUAGUGAUGAGGAGGAGAGGAUCUGAUGGGAUGAUUAUGGGAGCGAGUACAUAGGUUCAGAAAAGCGUGAUUAGAUUCGUAUACCCUUCUGUAUAUCAGCAAACGAGCAUUUUUGUCC